UCACCUCUGUCAGGUUGACAUCCCAAGUAUCGUACCGCAUCAACAAUCUCAAUCAUACAAAUUACAAAAAUUGUAGUUUUCAUACUUAUUUUAACAAUUUUUGAUAAAAAAUAAGGUAUUUCGAAAAUUUAAUGGCUUCCGCAAUGGAUGUUGACGAGGAAGAGGUAGAAAUGGCGUCAUCAAGUUGUAGUAAAGGUGAUAAAAAAAGAUUCGAAGUGAAAAAGUGGAAUGCCGUUGCCCUCUGGGCUUGGGAUAUUGUGGUAGAUAACUGUGCAAUUUGCCGUAACCAUAUUAUGGAUCUCUGUAUUGAAUGUCAGGCCAAUCAAGCAUCUGCUACAAGCGAGGAAUGUACUGUUGCCUGGGGAGUAUGUAAUCAUGCCUUCCAUUUUCAUUGCAUUUCUCGUUGGUUGAAAACCAGACAAGUGUGCCCCUUGGACAACAGAGAAUGGGAGUUCCAAAAGUAUGGUCAUUGAAGCCUCACUCAUACCCCAAACCACAUUUCUCAUACUAUUAUCUUUCAAUAUGUUUUAAGAUACCAAUAAAUUAACUUCAAGGUCAUUUUUACGACGCUAAACUGUAACAAAAUAUAAUAUUGGUGAAUAAAAAAAUAGCAAAUCAGCCUGA